GUGGCUCCAUGUCCCAGCUCCAGAGCUCCUGGGAAGUGCACCAGCAGAGCAUGGCAUAUCUUCCAGAUACAGACAUGGAGACCAUGGCUGCUAGCACAUCGCUUUCUGACCCAGCUGGCGAGUUUGACAGGAACGUGCCCCGUAUCUGUGGUGUCUGUGGAGACAGAGCCACUGGCUUUCACUUCAAUGCCAUGACCUGUGAAGGCUGCAAGGGCUUCUUCAGGAGAAGCAUGAAGAGGAAAGCGAUGUUCACGUGCCCAUUCAAUGGUGACUGCAAAAUCACCAAGGACAACCGGCGUCACUGCCAGGCGUGUCGGCUGAAGCGCUGCGUGGACAUCGGCAUGAUGAAAGAGUUCAUCCUGACGGACGAGGAGGUUCAGAGGAAGCGUGAGAUGAUAUUGAAGCGCAAGGAGGAGGAGGCACUCAAGGAGAGCCUGAAGCCCAAACUCUCGGAGGAGCAGCAGAAAGUCAUUGACAUCCUCCUUGAGGCUCAUCGCAAAACCUAUGACCCCACGUACGCUGACUUCACCAAGUUUCGGCCCCCCGUGAGAAGCAACCCCAGCAACAGGGGGGCAGCAAGGUCCUCCUCCAUCCUCACCCAGGACUUGUCGUCGGAGGACUCCAGUGACCUUUUUGGCUCCGAUGCCUUCAGCACGUUUCCAGAGUCUGUGGAGCCCCAGAUGUUUUCAAACCUGGUCCUCUCCGAGGAGAAUGACGAGAGCUCCUCCAUGAACAUCGACCUCUCCCACCUCUCCAUGCUCCCGCACUUGGCCGACCUGGUCAGCUACAGCAUACAGAAGGUGAUUGGCUUUGCCAAAAUGAUCCCAGGAUUCAGGGACCUGGCAGCAGAGGACCAGAUUGUCCUGCUGAAAUCCAGCGCCAUCGAGGUGAUCAUGCUGCGCUCGAACCAGUCCUUCACCCUCGAGGACAUGACGUGGACCUGCGGCAGCAAUGACUUCAAGUACAGGAUCAGCGAUGUCACCCAAGCCGGCCACAGCAUGGACCUGCUUGAGCCGCUCGUGAAAUUCCAGGUUGGCUUGAAGAAGCUGAACCUUCACGAAGAAGAGCACGUGCUCCUCAUGGCCAUCUGCAUCCUGUCCCCAGAUCGCCCAGGCGUGCAGGACACCUCGCUGGUGGAAUCCCUCCAGGAUCGUCUCUCGGAGAUCCUCCAGACCUACAUCCGCUGCAGGCACCCUCCUCCCGGCAGCCGCCUGCUCUACGCCAAGAUGAUCCAGAAGCUGGCUGACCUACGGAGCCUGAACGAGGAGCACUCCAAGCAGUACCGCUGCCUCUCCUUCCAGCCCGAGCACAGCAUGCAGCUCACGCCGCUGGUGCUCGAGGUCUUCGGCAACGAGAUCUCCUGACUCCGGCCGUGGGGCUGAGCACCCACCAGUAAAGGGAUAAGUCAGCCUGGCUUCCCCGAGGCAGCGAGCGGAGAGACGUGACGCUGGGCAGGAGUUUUGUACAUAGACGGUUUGGUUUCACACUACUGGAGGUCCUGCUUUGUCUUCUCAUCCACGGCGGCCAAGGUUUGCUCGCUGCGGAGCAGUGACAGACCCAGAUCCGUGUGGUUUCCCCCCAGUCCGUGAGCAGCCUUUCUGCUUCCCUGCCAUCUGCGAGAGCUGACUUAUCCCUUUAUGGAUGCUUUUGAGGCUGGGCUGCCUCGAAUCACUUCUUUCUUGACCCGAAAAACUGGGCUGCUUGGAAGGAGAAGCGCUGGGGUGUUUUGGCGUGGGGAGGCGGACUCACGGCGUUGCUGAACCCUCAGCAAUGUCCUCUGCUCCCCUCCUAAAAUCUGCAGCGCUCAAUCCCCCCCUUUCAAAAAGGGAGAC